CUUUCACUUUCUUUUCCGCCGAGGCUGCUCCGCUCCCUUUCCUGACUGACAGGGGCCGCCCGGGAGGGGAGGGAGUUGGGUGGAAAUCCUGGCCGCCGGGUGGGCGCUCCUGGUCCCAGCAGGGAGAAGUGGGGGCGGUCCCCGGGGACUCCUAGCGUCCCGGCUGUGCGCACCGCCCCCACUCCUGCGCCAGGCCUGCCCCGUUUGCUUUGUCGCCCUGUGCGAGCUUGGCUUGGUGUCCCCUGCCCUUUCACCUCCCACGCCGGGGCCGGCCUUUUCCCUCUUACAGGCCCCAUCCCCGGUCCUCGGGUAGUGUGAUGCUGCCCGACUGCCAGCGGGGACAACCAAGCACCAAGGAGGCUCGGGCCGCGCCAGAAGCCACAGGCUGGGGCUGAGUUGCUCGUGGGCGUUCGUCCUCCAUCAGGUGAACCGAAGGUAGCAUUUCCCCGGAGCGGUAGCCCCCGCCUGGGGGGAUGGGCACAACAACGCGAGAUGGACGAGAAAAUCAAGAAAGCCGAGGAGAUGGCCCAGAGACUCACCCGAGCAGUGGCUGGUGGGGAUGAGCAGGUGGCUAUGCAGUGUGCCAUCUGGCUGGCAGAGCAACGGGUACCUCUGAAUGUGCAAGUGAAGCCUGCAGUCUCCCUGACACAGGACAUCAGGCUGUGGGUGAGCGUGGAGGAUGCUCAGAUGCACACUGUCACCAUCUGGCUCACGGUGCGCCCGGACAUGACGGUGGCCUCCCUCAAGGACAUGGUGUUCCUGGACUAUGGCUUCCCGCCAACCCUGCAGCAGUGGGUGAUUGGGCAGCGGUUGGCCCGGGACCAGGAGACGCUGCACUCCCACGGUGUGCGGCGAAACGGGGACAGUGCCUACCUCUACCUGCUGUCAGCCUGCAACACCUCGCUCAACCCGCAGGAGCUGCAGCGGGAGCGGCAGUUGCGGAUGCUGGAAGAUCUGGGCUUCAAGGACCUCACGCUGCAGCCACGGGGUCCCCUGGAGCCAGCCCCCUUGAAGCCCGGGGCCCCCCAAGAGCCGGGGCCGGGGCAGCCCGAUGCCCCACCCGAGCCUCCACCGGUGGGCUGGCAGUGCCCGGGUUGCACCUUCAUCAAUAAGCCCACGAGGCCUGGCUGCGAAAUGUGCUGCCGGGCGCGGCCCGAGGCCUACCAGGUCCCCGCCUCGUACCAGCCUGACGAGGAGGAGCGAGCGCGGCUGGCUGGCGAGGAGGAGGCUCUGCGCCAGUACCAGCAGCGGAAGCAGCAGCAGCAGGAGGGGAAUUACCUGCAGCACGUGCAGCUGGAUCAGCGGAGCCUGGUGCUGAACACCGAGCCCGCCGAGUGCCCCGUGUGCUACUCGGUGCUGGCUCCCGGCGAGGCCGUGGUGUUGCGUGAGUGUCUGCACACCUUCUGCAGGGAGUGUCUACAGGGCACCAUCCGCAACAGCCAGGAGGCUGAGGUUGCCUGCCCGUUCAUUGACAACACCUACUCGUGCUCGGGCAAGCUGCUGGAGAGGGAGAUCCGGGCGCUCCUGAGCCCCGAGGAUUACCAGCGAUUUCUGGACCUCGGUGUCUCCAUCGCGGAAAACCGCAGUGCCUUCAGCUACCACUGCAAGACCCCAGACUGCAAGGGAUGGUGCUUCUUUGAGGAUGAUGUCAACGAGUUCAUCUGCCCGGUGUGUUUCCACGUCAACUGCCUGCUUUGCAAGGCCAUCCACGAGCAGAUGAACUGCAAGGAGUACCAGGACGACCUGGCCCUGCGGGCUCAGAAUGAUGUGGCCGCCCGGCAGACAACGGAGAUGCUGAAGACCAUGCUGCAGCAGGGCGAGGCCAUGCACUGCCCGCAGUGCCAGAUCGUGGUGCAGAAGAAGGAUGGCUGUGACUGGAUCCGCUGCACUGUCUGCCACACCGAGAUCUGCUGGGUCACCAAGGGCCCCCGCUGGGGCCCCGGGGGGCCAGGAGACACCAGUGGGGGCUGCCGCUGCCGGGUGAAUGGGAUUCCCUGCCACCCCAGCUGUCAGAAUUGCCACUGAGCCAAGGGUGGCCUGGUCCCCAUGCUGGCCCCGCCCCACAUCAGCAAGCUGCUGUGGGACAGGGCAGGUACUUCGGUGAUUUCUGACCUGGGAGAUGCCUUUGCGCUUGGCUGAGAUAAGGGGCCCUGAAAAGGCUAAGGCCCCUGAGCUGCAUGGAUGGCCUCUGCAUUAUCUAUGGGCAUUGCAGGGGCCUCUCCCGAGCUGGCUGUUGUCCACGGCUGCAUCUGCCCCAGUGCCUUUGCCCUUCCCCUGGGACUUGCCAGCCAGACCUCUCAUCUCUUCUCUGUGGCUCCCAUCUCUGCCAAACCCAGCCUUAAACACAGCCCUGGCCAGAGGCCUUGCUGGAUGGAGCCUCUGAGAGCCCUGUGAGAGUCCACACUCCCUCAUCCACCACCCUCAUCUGCUGAACGCUGAGCACUCACAACCCACCACCUCCCCUGUCAGCUUUCUGGGAGUGAUUUUCUCUGGCUUUGCUGUUGGGGGCCUGGGGCCUCCUAGAAUUGCUGCUAAUCCUGUUCAGAGCCAGGAGGGAGACCUGGCAGUUUCUAAAGUACAGCCCAGCUGGUCCAGCUUCGGUGUCUCCCUCUUUGCCACCUGUGUAAACUAAUUAAAAUGGUUUUCCAGGAAGGGAUGAGUGUCAUGUUGUGAGAGGGAGUGAAAGGGUCAUGGGCUGAGACUCUGCGCACAGGCAGGCCACCAGGCUCUCCAGGAAUGGUAGCCAGAGGUUGCUAUGUUGGCCCUGUCAGUGUAGACUGAGGGUGCAGCUGAACACUGGGAUCCUUGCGCCGGACUUGGCAUCUCAUGCCCACUUGAGGGGCCGGAUGCUUUGGGUCAACAUCGGCUUGCAGUGUGUUUAGAGUCCUCAAGGCAGGGUCUGCAGGUCAGCAUGGGCUUGAGGGGGAGGGAAGGGCUGGGUCAGGGGCUUCAGGCUGGCAGGAAAGGUUGGCUGCAAACUUCUGGCCUCUCAGUGGGCGUCCAGGGUUGGGGAAGAGAUAUUUCAGGAAAAGGCGAAGCUGCAGCAGUUGUGGGGUGAAGCUGUCCAUCCUAGUUUUUACAUCUCAGGCAAGAUGGCACAGUAUUGGUCCAGUACUGUUCAUUAAUACCCACUCUGUGCUGAUCAGAGAUUAAUAAAACAUGGUUCUGGGUGUC